GGAACUUCCCAAUGUAGUACAAUUGUUGGAAUUCCCCAUCUUUUCUCAGUUCUGUCCAAUGAACAGUUAUUGGAAAAAAGGAAGAAUAGAGAAAGCCAUUUUCUGGAUUACCUCCUCUCAACAAUAGAGCCAAGACAAUGCAGUGGUCCUGCAGUGCAAAUGGUGUUUGUGCAGAACAAGAUGUUUCAAGCACAAAGGCCAUUCCAAGAAACAGAGGUUUGUGUUCCUCUUAUAAAGAAUCCCAUGCAGUUUUACAAACAGUACCAGAGUGUGAACGUCUGGAGAUGUUGCAUUGUUCAGGGAGAGUUUGUUUGGGAGAGAGGUCAGCAAAAACAGCGUGACGAGCAGGAACAGGAGGUGUGUUACUGUUUUUUACAAUAGAUCGCUCACUUAUUAGAAGCACAAAGCAGAAAGAGUUAUUGAAAGUACAGGAAGGGCAGAGAGGGGGCCGUCGAGGGGGAGGAAACAGCUUCAAGACUGACGCCUGCACCCUGACAAGAGCAAGAACGUCCAAAAAAACACUGUUUUGUUUCUCCUACUGUAAUGAGAAAAUCUUUGGAACCAUAAAUCUACCCUCAGGAUGAACUUUGCUGCACUUUGAAACCUCACAACAGGAACGCAGCGUGGAAAAACCUCGACUCUGUUCAACUGUUUGUCUCCUUUUUGCAUCGCUGCAGGCGUCAUGGAUGUGCAGAAUUUCCUGUGCUGGAGAGUUGCCCCACUGUUUCUCUUGAUGCCUUGUGAGCUCUUUUCCAUGUCUGUGCACAUCAUCAAUGAGGAGCCUGUGCAUGUAAUCCCCGGCUCUAGUCUGGUUUUGAUGGCCCGGAUUGAUCAGGGUCCCCUGGAGGCGGUUUCCAUGGUGACCUGGGAGCGGAAGCCCGAAACUGGAAGUCAUCCAGUGAGGGUGACACUGGCCACUUGCCCGGGCAGGAGCCCACAGUGCACUGGUUCAAGGCCAAACAUCCAUGUGAGCGUGGAGCAGCAGGAGACGACACUGGAGAUUAAUGGAUACAGCAGAGCAGACAGCGGCGUGUACGCCGUGACUGUGACAGAUCACACCGGAGCCAACAUUACUGCAUACUGCAUCGUCAGAGAAUACGAAGCUGUUCAUCAUGUUACUGUCAGCAUCAACGUGUCUCACUCUGUGCUGGUGUGUGGGGAGGCCUGGGGGACGGAGCCUCACUUCAGCUGGCUGUACGAGAGAGCCGCCAUCAGCCAGACAGUGGGGAGGGUCUCCAAGGAUGGAACCACGCUGUUUGUCAUGAAGUCUCCCAUAUGUGGCCACUUCACCUGCACGGUUAGCAACAAGCUGGGCUACAGCUCUGCCACCUACACGGCAGCACCUUGUGAGACCCAAGGCAGAGGGAUGACGGUGGCAGUGGUCUGUCUCGUCUUUGUACUUCUGGUGUGUGCAGGAGUGUUUGCAUUUCUUCUGUGGAGGAAACGCCGGCACAAUAACAGGGGAGAGAGACUGCAUGAACAUUUAGAUGACACCUUCUAAAAUAAGGCCAUUGCCAUUUCUCAGAGGAGAACGAGAAACACAACACGGACUAUAAGGGAGGACCUUCCUGUCCUGUGAGCCGGGUGACCUUACACUGCAUUUUGAACAAUGGCAAGAGAGAACUGCUUUCUGACAAAUAAAACAAAAAAUCCAAAAGUGGAUCCUUGGCAUGAAGCAACAGCGGUGUCCUUAGACUGCCUCCUGCUGUGAAGAAUAUGAAACCGCACCUUUUUAUAAACUCAUUUUGUACAUUUAUUAUAUCACAGUGUCUUGUUUUGCCUUUAGACGGAAACCCCUAAAGAUAAUUUUCAGACAAGCCUCCAAAAAUCUAACUUCAGUUUAGAAAGACCGUAGUUUUUUAUUGCUGUGUUGCAGAUGAGCAGAAUUUAAGAUCUGAAGGAAGCAAUGUAAUUUUGAAGCUAUAUAAUGGCAAUAAAAGAAAAUAAGUUUUGGGUAUAGCUCUUUAAAAUAAACGUAUGUGUGUGAUGAUGACUGGUUAGAUGUUUUGCUAAUUUUCCUGUAAUAAAUGGUGAGCUGCAGUCACAGCGCAGGAACCAUUUGAUGCUUUUCAACCUCCACUUUAUGUUGAGUGUCACGCAAAGACUCUUUAGUUGCAUGUUUCAAGUCUGUGGAAUGACCCAACUGUGAAUUCCAGAGCAGACAACCUCCAACUCUUUUCUAUUUCUUAUUCUGUUAUGUAACACUGCUUUGUUGCAUGGUAAUCUGGGUUUUUCUUUCUUGCACACAUACUCUUUGCUCAUCCCUGUUGUGAUGUGUUUGCCAAGAUUCCAUUUUCAAAUAAAGAGCCAAAUGAACAGCUUUAAACCAUGAUGUAUCAUUCAUCUCUACUUUAACAUUAACUAAACACAUAAACCUUUGAUAUGCAACCAUAAUUACACUUUUUUGAGCAUUUCUUUAUUCAAAUUGCGGAUACGGAGCGAACGAUAAAAUGCUGCUUGAAAAAGUGUCGUAUUAAAUACGCUGGGUGGGCCAGAAGCCCUUAGCAACGGGGAGGGGAAGGGGGGCGGGGUUGCUUCAUGCCAACUGUCCCGCCCACAACUCAAAGACAAAUUUUUGAUAAAAUACUACCGCUCUGCAGAAACUAUGUUCAAGAAAACGAGAUGGGUCAUCUUGGCUAAAAACAACAAAAUCGUAAUUAAAAGACCACCAGGAGCGCUUUUAAAAUAAAUCAAAAGAUGAUCAAAGUGGGUCUUUGAAAGCUUUUUAGGGGUUUGCUUUGGCACAUUUGUUUAUUCCUGAAAAAAGCAUCACAUAUGAAUCACAUUCUACAUGAAUCCUGGUCAAAUUUCUGUUAUGCGAUUGCAAAAACAAAUGAAACUUUGACUCUUAAAGUGAAAUGUGAUAAACGUCUCAAAGCCUAAAUUGUCACAAUUUUGUUGUGAAUGUAUUUUAUAAUUACUUGCCACAUUCAUGAGCCUCUGCAACCUUUAAAACAGAAGCUUGACAAACUAUAAAAUUGCAGUUUUAGCACCUUCUGUGUUGUUUUAGAAUCCAACACAGCUGGAUUUAAAUAUACUAGAAAUAGAAGCAGUUUGCCUUUAAUGUUCUGUGGGUCAUGUCAUGGAAUUGUUUUCAUGCCUUCAUGUUCAUGCUAGGUCUGUUUUCUUUUUAUUUCAUGUUUGACUCAAAAAAACUCCCUUAAACAUAAUCUUUACAUUAAAGAUUUGUGGAUAUUGAAAUCUUAUAUUUUAUAUUUUAUGUCAAAUAUUCAGCCCUUGGGUUUCAUUUCCGCCAUUAAAUUUAAUUUGAUUUGCUGCCUUUAUCAGAAACAGAAGCUUGUGAUGUGAAUGUGAUUUGUGGAGCUCAGAUAUAUUUACAUAUCUGCUGUCAUCCAUGUUUAUUUAAGUUUUACUUUUGCUUCUGGAAUCGAACAAAUUGUUCUUGGGAAUCAUCCAGAAGCAUAUUUUUGUAUCUUCCACCUCUGUGAACCCCAGUGCAGUCAGCGCUCUGGAGCACUCUAACCUUCAGUAGUGUUAAUGUUGAGCCUCGUGGAGGAAAAGGAAACAAAGAGGUCAAAGGAAGGGCAGGUUUUAUUGAGUUUGGAGAAAAAAAUAAAUAGAACAAAUAUCAUAGAAUCUGUUAUGUGCUGCUGGGAGUUUUCAUCAAUACCUUCUAUAAUAAUAUUUUAAACUAUGAAAGAAAGUUAAUUUUCGUCCAAAAGACAAAACCUGAGUAAGAUUACUGGAACAAAUGACUCCUUAAGACAGAACAGUGGAGGACUCCGUGCAGAUGCUUGGUUAAAGGUUUUGAAUGUAAGCAGUGUGCUGAAUUAUACUGCAGAUAAACGGUGUCCAUAAUUCCUCUGAGGAGUAAUUUGACAGCGUAUAAGCUGUGAAGGAGUGCAGAACAUUCUCAGUUGGUUACCUCCCCCAGAUUUGUGUCAAAGCCCUCUUUGCCACGAGUCUAUUAUCCCUUGUAUUGGUAGUCUUCUGUGUGCUGCCCUGCAUUAAUUCUCCUCCCAUCAUGCUUCAGGAGCGAUGGAGGAACAGGGGAGGUGUGUACAUCAUGUGGAAGGGAAGCUGAAAGCUAAAGAGCCCAAACUGGACAUGGGAAAACUGAGAUGGAUCCACCAAAAACUUUUAGUCAGGAUGCCACCAAAUCAAUACCAGAGAAUUUUCCAUUUGACUUAUUUUUCUAAGUAACAACGUAAUUUAUAACGAGAUUAAACUUUUUUUUUGGUUUGAUGCAUAAAAUAAAUGGUUGAAAGCAGCAAGAACUUUCUUGAAGGAGCGUUCAUUAAGAGCGAGAUUGCCUUUAUUCCAUUUUUAUUGGAUACGUGUCAGUGCUCAUUAUUAAGAUUCUCAAGAUAGCUUUUAUUGAAUUUGAAUCAGGGAGACAUGGAGAGAGACAACAUUACGACCCUAUAAAUAGAUUGUCUGAUAGUAUUUUGGUGAAGUUCAUUUAUUUGAUGCAUUUGAAAAGGAGAGUUGUGCUUUUUUACUUUAGGCUAACAUGAUCUCAUUUGUGCUUUAAUGACUAUUUCAAGUAUUUUGAAUUUAAACAGACUUAUAGCACUCAGCUGACUCAGAGAAGAGUCCACGAGCAGAGCACAAGAGCCAGCAUACUGCAAAAUCUGCUAUAACCUUAAAAAAAAGAGGAAAACAAAAUUAUCAGAAAGGUUUUUUAUUGUUUGGUUUAAUUUGACGCGACUCAACUGGAUUGGAUUGAAUUGGAUUGGGUUUAGUUUGGUUGACCAAAUCAAAUUAGCAGAAACAUUGUUAUUGUAUCUUUAGCAAACCUUCCUCUGUUUCCUUUAUCCAUGUAAACAUUUCCUUCACAUCUUCUGCUAUUUAUUCUUUUUUUUUUUAAAUGGGUGCAAGAUUUUAGUUCGACUUAUUGGCUCUGUUGAAAAUGUCGACAAUAGAAAAAAAUAAAAAAAAUAAAUGAAUUUUUUUUUUUUUUUUGGGGGGGGGGUCUGAAAAACUUAUGGUAAUACAUUUUAAAUAUCUUACAAAGCUUUAACAUUCAUCAUUAGACAGAAAAAGGCAGAAACAAAAAGUAAACAUAAAUGUUGUUAAGGCAGCUGAGUGUGAAGGUAAAUGUGGCUAAAAUAAAAUAACUCUGGAAGAAUAUUCAGAUUUUGGAGUUCAGAUCCAACUUUCAUUUGAAAUUUUCCAGCAGCAGUUUCCUGCGGCGAUGCGGCAACUCACUUAGCAGAAUGCAGAGUUUAAUAAAGCUUGUAGAUGAAACCAAACUGGAGCUAAACACAUUUCUGAAAGCAAUCUACCGUAAAUAUACGGCAUGAAGUAAAAGUUUUUACAACAAAAAGAAUAUCACUCUGCACAAGCAAGUGUUUUUAUAACGUUUACCAAUCACAACAAUGAUGUGUUACAGUAAAUUUUAUGUCAGAUUUAAAAAUGUUUUUUUUUUAAUGAUGACAAUAGGUAUUUUAUAACUAGCUUAUUUAAUGAGCAGUAACAUAAUAUCCGUAGUAAUUUGCAAUUGUAAUGUUUUACACUGCGAUUUCUCCUUGUAUUGUCCACAAUUAAUGCUUGACAUAAACCAAAUCAUUAAAGCAAUCACUGCAAGAACACCAUACACAGAAUAAAGCAUAUGGUGGAAACAAAA